AGUUCAAGUGCUUCCUCAGAGAGAGGACAACGUAUCACUGGUUGGCUGCAUAUAGUUUAUCCCUUUAAUUGAUGGCAUGUUUCACUGUUAUUAUAGUGUCACUACUACAUCCCUGUUCUUGGAUGUGACAAUUGCAAAAGCUUAAACUCUUACUUUGGAUGACAUUCAUAACAUCAUAUAUAGUUCUUCCUGUUUCCUAUGUCCACAAGGUGGAAAACUCAUUUCUUAUUCUUGGGUCCAUUUUAGUAUCCUAUUACAUCUCUACUGCUUAUAAGGCUGUCAAAGGACCGGAUCUUGGUUGGUUUGGGCUUGUGCUUCAAACUUGUUGGGCCGGGUCUUUUUUUUAGCCCUUAUCUCACCCUGCCCAUUGAAAACCCGAACUACUAUAUCAACCACACUUUGGCUGUUGGGAGGCUGUUUGGGUUAUUUUAGACUCUGUAAACUCUCUAUUACUGCUGAUAGUAUUUUUGCAUUCUAUGUUACUAAUUCCGCAUACAAUGUUGUUCCUGUAGAUUGUCCUUGGUAUAAAGUUAGGGAUGAAACCAAAAGAUGCAAUCUCCAAAGUGAAAACUCUCUCUGAUGUUGAGGGUUUGUGCGUAUCUUUUGCUAAUAGCCAUGAUUCUUCUGAUCCUGUGCUCGCUGUUAAGGAAUUUCUGACUGAGGAACCUUAUAAAGCUGAAGAUAUUGAGAAAAUUACAGAGGAAAGUCUCACAUCGAUCUUGGGUAAUUCACCAACUUCGUUAGCUGUACUUAGAGCUGCGAAGCAUUUUAAGCUAUUUCAGGUACUCUAAAUGAAGGGACUACUUGGCUCCAUUUGCAGAGACUAGCUGAUACAUGGCACGAGAUACUGUUAAUUCCAGUGAGAGGAGUUGUCAUUGGCAUGGUAUUAACAGAUUUGCUUCUAAGGUAACUUUGGUGGCAUUUCCAAAUGCCCUAAUGCCUAUAGCUUUCCUUCUGAAAAUUAAUGUAUUUUUGAUGAGUUCUAAAUGAUAAAACAUAAGUUGAACUUAAGUU